ACAUCUCUUCGUCGUCACAGCACGCGCUCGAGCCGGCGAGGUGUCGAAGAGAGCCACAGAGCGAGAGAGAGAGAGAGAGGGAGAGAGAGCGACGGAGAUGGGGGCGGAGUGCUGUUACGAGGUAUCCCAGAUCGCCUACAUAAAGCUCGUCCUCCACGCCCUCAAGCACCGUUCCGCCGCCGUCAACGGCCUCCUCCUCGGCCGCCUCCGCCAAGACGGAGGCGCCACCGCCACGGUCGAGAUUGCCGACACCGUCCCCCUCUCCCACUCCCAGAUCGGCCUCCUCCCCGCGCUCGAGCUCGCCCUCAUCCAGAUCGAGGAGCAUUUUGAGGCACAGGGGUUGAGUGUUGUCGGUUACUACCACGCCAACGAGAGGCACGACGACGUGGAGCUCGGCAACGCCGCCAAGAAGAUCGGGGAUCAUAUCUUCCGUUACUUCCCUCGGGCCGCCGUUCUCCUGUUGGAUAAUAAGAAGCUGGAAAGGCUGCAAUCAUCGAAGGGCAGGGAUCCUGUUGUGCAGCUAUACACAAGGGAUUCAUCAAAAAGUUGGCGUCAGACUGGAUCAGAUGGAAGUAACCAGUUGACUUUGAAAGAGCCAGCAGCCAAUGUAGUGUUAUUAGAUUAUAUUUCCUCUGAAAAAUGGCAAGAAAUAGUUGACUUUGAUGAUCAUCUUGAUGAUAUUAGCAAGGACUGGCUGAAUCCGGGCUUGUUCAAUUAAUUCGGGUGGUUAUUUAUUACUUAUUUGUUAUCGUUAGACAUACCACCAGCAUCAAUUUUCAUAAAGUAAAUUUUUGUUUGCUAAUCUUCCCCCCACCCCCCCCCCCCCCCCCCCCCAAAAAAAAAUUGGUUCCUGCUGUUGAGACAUGUAUGCGUGCUCUGCUUUACGCACAAAGAACUGCUUUUACUAAACUAGCUCGAGUGCCAUGACUGUCAUGUCUUCAUAAGGGACACCGUUGCUGUUGAAACCUUGGUAAUUUUUGCAUGUGAUGGACAUUUUACUUGCUUCUUCUCCAAGGACUGACUGUAGUCUUCUAGUAGUUGGUACUCAGAUCGAAGAAAUGGAAACUAGAAACAGGCUUCUCUAUCUAAUCGCACAUUUGCAAACCCACUGAUGUCCCUGUGACCUGUGCUUCAUUUCUGCCACAUUAGGCUGUCGAACUAGAUUAACCUAUGUUCACUUUGUUCGUUCAGUUGUUAUUCUGGCAUUCUGUGCUGUCCUUUUUUGAUGGUGAAAUGCUUUCUUAGGUGUUUAUUCUGGUAACCUUCUGUUUAUUGUGGAUGGAUAUGCCUCGUCCAUUACCAAAAUUGCAAUUAGCAGUAACCUGUAAUUGUCCGUGCAGCCGUCAGAUAUCAUUUUUUUGUGAUCUGAUUUGUGCAUUAGCCUUCUUUGAACUCAUAGCGAUAAAAUUUCCAAGCAUUAGAAACUAGCUAGAUUUAAGGCUUACAGAUGCCAACAAUAACGUAAAUUACAUAUUAAAAUCGACAUGAAUGGGCUUCAAGGUGGGUACGGAUAGCUUGAGUCGGCCUAUUAAGGGCCCAAUUAGGAAGUUUGACCAAACGGACCGUACCUCACCAGUACUUGCAAUCCGCACGUGCCGAACGUGUGCUGCAAAGUGUUGUAGACGCCGAUAAGUUCGAUGGCCGAUUGGAUCACAAAGACAAGGUGGGAAAUGGAGUCGCUACUUCGUCUCCGCAACCACCAUCACUGCCAUUCUCGCCUUCGUCCUCCACCUCUUCUUCCGCACCACCACCGCCUCAGGAGAUGUAUCCUCCUCGUUCCUUGCCCCUACCACCUCCGAGGAUCCUCUCUUAUCGCCCGAGCAGAGCUGCCACCUCGAGAAGCCGGAACCGGGCAGAGCGCCGGCGAAGCACCUCUGCCCGUCUCUUCUCCGCCGCCUUCAUCUCCUACACCUACAAAGCCGGAAGGAAAAGGGACCGGAUUCGGUGGAUCGCCCGCUUCCGCAUCGAAGAAGAGGAAGAAGAAGGGCUCGGUUGUUCGACGCUCUCCCAUAGACAGGAGCUCUCUCGUGUAUUCGGCGAGUAAAGAGGACCAGUUGCAGCAGCCGGCUGUGAACGAGAGUGCCUUCCUUCUCACUUGGUUGGGCCUGGGCGUGAUCAUCCUCGUUGAGGGCCUCGGGUUGGCUGCGGCAGGCUUCUUACCAGAGGAGUGGGAUAGCUUUUUUGUGAAAUAUAUUUAUCCUUCCUUCACUCCAACAGUCCUCUUGUUUCUUGGUGGUACCGUUGCUUAUGGGGUCUUCAAGUACUUUCAGGCUGAGAAAAUGAAGAGCUAAGUGGAGAACAAAUGGUAAAACCAGGGAGUUGUUCUGUCGUUGUAUCAUACGAAUCAUUUGUGAUUAUUACAUCUGAUCUUGUUGGUUAA